AUGUCAUGUAAAACUAUUCAAGCAGCAGAGAUAGCAACAGGCCAUAUAGAAGAACUCAAAAAGCCUAUAUCCUCGCGCGGAAUCAGUCCAAAACUAGUGGGAUUCCUGGCAAACGACGACCCAGCUGCUGCAAAAUAUGCCGAAUGGACUGCAAAGUCUUGCCAAGAGACUGGCGUUACAUUUGAGUUGAGAGAAUGCAAGCGGGAAGACCUUGAAAAUAAAAUCAUUACAGCAAAUGAAGAUCCAAGCGUUCAUGGAAUAAUGGUGUAUUAUCCCGUGUUUGGAAAUAGACAAGAUCAGUAUAUUCAGAAUGUUGUCGACGUGGCCAAGGAUGUAGAAGGAUUAUCUCAUAGAUAUGUUUAUAAUAUGUAUCAUAAUAUACGGUUCUUGGAUAAAGAGCAAACGAAGAAAUGCAUUAUUCCGUGUACGCCUCUGGCUAUAAUCAAAGUUAUGGAGCAUGUUGGAGUAUACAAUCCCGUAUUACCCCAUGGAAAUAGAUUGUACGGGCGCGUGAUCUCUAUAAUUAAUCGAAGCGAGAUUGUGGGUAGACCAUUAGCCGCACUCUUAGCAAACGAUGGCGCUAAAGUAUAUUCUAUUGACAUUAACGGAGUAGAGGAAUUCACGCGUGGAUCUGGAUUAAAGUUGAAGAAACAUGAGGUUCACGAGACAAAUCUCACUACCGAAGACGUUAUUCCAAUGUCAGAUGUGGUAAUAACAGGCGUUCCAUCAAAGUCAUAUAAGCUAUCGAACAAGUUACUGCGAGAUGGUGUGAUAACCAUUAACUUUUCGUCAUUUCAAAACUUUGAAGACUCUGUAAGCGAGAAGGCUAGCAUAUUCGUCCCCUCUGUUGGCAAAGUGACGAUUGCCAUGCUGCAAAGAAAUCUUUUGAGAUUGUACGAUUAUCAAACAACAAAUCCAGAAACUAAUUAA